AUGCCAAGGCCCCAACGAUGCCAAGGAAACUUUAGAACAGGGUCUCUUCCAGGCCUCAACGCCAUUCUUCCUGCGUUUUCUGCCCUCACGAGCCAUAUUGGGCCUCAGCGUCAGCAAUUGGAUCAUUCUAAUUCGUCCACUGCCAAUUGGACAUCCGUCAUCACUGAUUUGUACACGUUCAUGGGCCCAUUCGUUGCUCGGCUCGUGGCUAUGGCAGCCCCGAUGCUCACUGUGACCUUGCAAUGGAACACAAUAUUUCGAGAAGGUAACGUUGGACAGCUAAGCAUCGGAAGCUUCCCGCUGGUAUCAAGAACGAGUCUUACUUUGGUUCCCAUUCGCUCAUAUUCCAGCGAAGAAGGUGGUCUGGCCGGGCCAACAGGUCCUGAGAGCAGAAGAUCGACGACAGCUGGUCAUUAUUCCUGCCCAGCCAGUCCUGUAACUCCCGUUGAUAAUCUCCGUUGUUGAACAUCUGGCCAUGACAAUCCGCGUUGGCGAAAUAAUAACAUUUGCCG